GUUAAAUUUCUCAAAACAAUUUGAAGAAAAGUGACAUUGUCACAGUCACUGGUAUCAAAAUUUAUAAAUUAAAUUAAGUGUUUUUGAAUAUUUUUAAGAUUUUGGGUUAAGCUCAGAAAACAUCAUGUCUUUGUCGCCGUUCUUUCGCUCACCGUUUACGGAUGUUACUGGUGGCAUGAUUUCCCACCAACUUCUGGGUCGCUGCCAGAAAGAGGAAGCCAGAUACAUGGAUUGUCUAGAAGCUUAUGGUUUGGAACGAGGAAAGGUCAAGUGCGCUCAUUUGUUCGGCGAUUACCAUGAAUGCUCAACUCUUACCAAACAACUUAAGAGAUUUUUGGCAAUAAGACACGAGAGGCAGAGACAAAUUUCUCAAGGAAAACUUACAGGCGACGAAAAGUAUGUGAGCCCCCGUGUGGACAGUUACUAGAUUAGAUUGUUUCAAUGCACUCAAUCAAAUUGUGCUUUUAGUGGAUUUGUUGUAAAUAAAUAACCUAAGAAUCA